GUGUCAUAUACAGAGCAGUUACUGAUGCAUACUAAAUGUAUUUAAAAAAAAUCUAUUUUGCAAUUAAUUUCUAGAGAGCCUUAUUUUGAAACUCCGUUGGUCCCUUGCAUUUGACUGGCAGUGAUCUAUCACUUUCAGAUCAGGCUGUAUAAACAUCAGUUUUAGAGCAACACUCUGCAUCAAUUAAUGUGCAUGAAUUAAUCAGACGUGUCUUUUUGAGAAAAGUUAAAGACUGAUGAGGGUUGGAGCCUACAGGGCAACGCCUAGAUUGAUGGAGCCUCCGACCAAUCCACUGGGGGCUUUUUUCCCUUUUUUUUUUUUUUUUUUUUUUACUCUUAUCAUCAUUGCAGAAUAGAAAGCAUUAUUCCAACAUGGAGGAGCCAGUUCGCAGAUCUACUACAGAGUAGACUGGUUGGUCUCCGCUGUUGAUUGGUCCGGUCGGCAGGUUCAGCACCACGCAGGGUGAACAGCGACAAUCCUCCGUUUGGUCGGAUGCGCCGCGGAAGCUGCUCCACACGGUUACUGUGACACCGGGCUUCUCCUUUUUUUUUUUCCUUUUUUUUUUUUUUUACUCCGCAUGACUCCGUUUCAUCCAUCUAUAGAAGGUAUACAUGUUUCAGCGUGAUCGGCAACAAGCAGGCGGGUUGUUCUCAUCUUCAGAGGAGACGUCGCAUCGCGGACGCUCAGAUGCUUCAUAGACAUCGUUUAUUUCGCCUGGUCCGCUUCGCUUCGAGUCCAAAGGCAUGACGGACUCCGCUGACACCAUCUCUCGGGUUCUCUCCAGCUGCUGCUCCUUCUUCUCAUGCACAAAGCCGCGUUUGCAAGCACAGCUGCCGCCGCCCGAACACCGGCUCUCCCAGCCGGCGCCCCUGUGCCCGCCGGCCCCCCACAGCUUGUCAUGACAUGACAGCACCGGGCAGGAGGACCAGGAUCAAAUGUUGCGGGCAGGGGUUGCAGAAGGAGCACCGAGGGGUCGGAUCCUCAAGGAAAGGGUACAAAGAAACUGAAAGUUUCCAUCCAAAAGUGUUCAAGCACGCCUGCUUGUGAGCAGGGCACUCUUGUGGCUUGGCGCCUCCAGGGGCCAGUCCCCCCCCGACCCUCAUUCUGAUUCUGAUCUUUAUACCUUCAGCGUGGUGACACCCACCUCUGCCUUCCAGCCUCGUCUGAUGUACGGCCUCAUAGUGUUGAUAUUGGUCGAGUCCCAGCCAGCUGCGAGGUUCCCCGGGCCUGUGAGGUUCUCCUUCUCCUGCACAGUCAUGGGCUGCAUUCAGAGCAUAGCCUGCAACAAGUCGCGGAUCAAACGGGAGAACAUCGUGGUGCACGACCUGUCGGCCACCAUAGACCACUGCCCGACGGUCAUUGAGGAAAACUCCCCUAUUGUGCUACGGUACAAGACGCCGUACUUUAAAGCCGCUGCGCGGAUUGUCAUGCCCCCCAUUCCGCGCAACGAGACCUGGGUAGUGGGCUGGAUCCAGGCGUGCACCCAGAUGGAGUUUUACAACACCUACGGGGACAUCGGCAUGUCGAGCUGGGAGCUGCCUCAGCUGCGAGAAGGUCUGGUGAGGGCGAUCAGCGACUCGGACGGUAUCAGCUACCCCUGGUACGGAAACACGACAGAGACCGUCACCAUAGUCGGCCCCACCUCCAAGCCUUCCCGCUUCACCGUCAGCAUGAACGAUAACUUUUACCCCAGCGUCACCUGGGCGGUGCCGGUCAGCGAGUCAAACACGCCCUUACUGACCAACAUCAAGAGGGACCAGAGCUUCACCACCUGGCUGGUGGCGCUGAACACCACGUCGAAGGAAAAGAUCCUGUUGCACACCAUCAAGUGGAGGAUGAGGGUGGACAUCGUGGUGGAUCCGUCCCAGCCUCUGGGCUCCAGAGCCAGGCUGGUGGGUCGGAUGUACCAGGAGCAGCCACGGGUGCUGAGCCGCAUGGAGCCCGUACCUCCUAACGCCAUGGGGAAGCCAAACGCCAACGACGCCCAGGUUCUGAUGUGGAGGCCAAGGAGAGGUCCUCCGCUUGUUGUCAUACCACCUAAGUAGAGCAAUGAGGCUCUUUCUAAUUGAUUUUGUUUUGCUACAACAUGACAGUGAGCCACAGAUGACUGAACGAGAUGAUGGAAGAGUUGAAGCAGAGUUAAGUAUUUGCUCGUUGAAUCAGUGUUAAAAACAUGAGCGGACAGCUGCCUUAAUUCCUCACUGCUGCCUUUGACCAUCCAGAAGGUUUCAGCCUCUGCCUCCGGUGCUGCUGAACUACGGAGCGUGGCGAGCUUGGCUCUUACCCGGCACAUGCGAGAGGAGUGCUGUUUACUCUGAGAAAAACACCAUCAGUGCUGGGAUGUAACUUUAAUCUUUAAUGUAGCUCCUCAUGCUCAGGAGGACAUGAUCAAGCCUUGAUAUGGGCUGUUGUAAAAAAAAAAAAAAAAAAGAAGGGUUUACAGCCUUAAAGAGCCUCCGAUCUGUGUAGAUAAACAAAGGAAAAGUGUUGGAGGUUAAGGUCCAAGAAAGACAACUCUAUCGUAGAAAUUCAUUGAUAAUGUAACUUCUGAUGGAUGAUGUGGAUGUAGGUAUUCAGGUGUUUUGUUCUGUGCUGAUUUUUUUAUUUUUUAUUUUAUUUUUUUUAUAAUGAAGCCCCCAGAGCUGGGUUCAGGCUUGCUGCUGUCACACCAGACUGCCUCAUACACGCCAGAAGCCUCAUUCAGAGUAGUUUUUGAUUCAGCUUUCAGCAUGCAGGUCGCAGGAAGUGCAGACGCAACAUUUACACGUGCUCAUAGAAGCCCACAGUGAGACCUUUUUCCUUUUCUAACGGUGACUUCAUCCAAGCUUCCCAGUUAUUCCUGUUUAGCCUUUGCAAAGCCGAGGUGCCUGCAGAGUCCAGCCUGCGACAAUAAAACCAGAUUCUUUUUUAAAUAAAUUGGCUUUUUAAGCCCCUCCUAUUAGACUUAGCGACGAAGGAGGAUGCAUAGAGACAAGCAAACCUCAGAGUGGUCUGACUGCUAGAAAGGAAAUUGAGAAGUAAUAAAAAUGUUGAUAAAAGACUCUCUCUUAACCAGUUCCAGUAAUAUAACAUCUUAUUGUAAAACAUAUAGGUGACACAUCCUCAAAUCCUCUGCCUCUAUUUUCACCUCCAUAGAUUCAUAGCCGUUCCAUGUUAUAUAAGGGGCUUAUGGCAUUGGCCAGCUUUUGGCUCCUGGUGGCGUGGCCAUCACCGCUCCGGGUAGGGGUGCCUCCCCACCCUCACCUUACCUGGUGGGUAGGCCGGUAGUCGUGCUGUCUGGGGCUUGGUUGGCUGGGCUGUGUUGAGACACGGUUGGAGUGCAAUAGGGUUUGGAGCUGGGAGUGGGGUAAGGGGUCCAUGCUGGCCUGGUCUAUACAGAAAGCCACCGUGAACUCCGCCCUUUUCUUCCUCCUCCUGUCUGUUGCUCUUCAUCGUUGUACGGAGUCACAAAAUUAGGUUUAUCUGCUUGUUCCUAAACUUGUGACGUACUGGAUGGUGGUGGUCCCAAUUUCUAAGAAAGCAAUCCAGAGAGUGCAAUCCAAGUAUAGAGGGAUCACACUUUUCUAGGGAAAUCCCUGGGUCUAACCGAUAGUUGAACCUAGGAGCAGCAUAGCUUUCAUCCUGGCAGUGGACCAGAUCUUCACCAUUCAAGAUUUUGCAGAGAAGGUCACGGGAGUUCGGUUAUGUGGUCUUUAUGCGUUUUGUGGGUCUUGACAAGGUUUAUGAUCUCUCGGGGCAUUGUUAGCGGUGGGAUACAGCAACAUAUGGAACAUGGGUAGAUUUUGUGCGCCGUGUGGUCUGUGUGUUUCAAAAACAGCAGAUGUCUCUGUUCUUUAUACAAAGUUGAGCUUGUUCCCGGUGCUUUGCAGUCUCCAUCAGCGAUGCCUCUUGUCUUCAAUCCUGUUUGUGGAUCUCUAGGCAAAGCAAGCUUAUUUAUAAAGCACUUUUCAGUAACAGGAAGGUUCAAAGUGCUUCAAGGCGUCUUGGUAGGGAGGAAUAUGAGAGAAAGCACUUUUGAGCAGAUGGGUUUUGAGUUUAGACUUGAACUGGUAGAGGGUGUCAGCAUUGUGGAUGUCUGGAGAGAGAGAGAAUUACAGAGUCUGGGAGCAGAGCAGCAGAAAGCUCUGUUCAUCAUGGUGCUGAGGCGGGAAGAAGGAACAGAGAAGUGAACAGAGAAGGAGGAAUCAGGGUGCGUGAAGGAGCAGAGAUGUGAAGGAGAUCAGAAAGGUAGGGCUGAGCGAGGUUGUGGAUGGCCUUGAAUGUGCACAGAAGGAUUUUGAACUGUAUUCUGAAUCUAACCAGGAGCCAGUGGAGCUGCUGUAGGACUGUGGGCGAUGUGGUGAAAUGAAGGGGUUUUGGUAAUAAUGCGAGCAGCUGAAUUCUGAACCACUUAAAGGCUAUGGAGGGAUUUUUGAGGGUUGGCCAAAGAGAGGAAAGUUACAGUAAUCAAUGCAGGAAGUGACAAGGCUACGGACAAGAAUAGAAAGACUCUCUCUGCAAAGUCCCAGCUGUCCCUAGGGAUGCUUAGGCUUAACAAAUGGAUCUGUUGCCUCAGAAAAGAAACCUCUGAAAAGUGAAAAAUAAAGGACGGGGUCAAUAUAUCUAUAUAUCCAUAGACAGUAUAUCUAGAAUACGCUGAAUUUAAACACAAAUAUUUGUGUUUUCAACCAAUAAUAAACUGCUUCUACAGAAGUUUUUUCCUUGACUUCAAAGUCAAAUCCAAGAAUAAUUCAGUGACUAUAGUAUGCAUUAUAUGUAAUUCCUUAUACAUAAUACAGACAUAAUUACAAAGACUGAAACUGUAAAAAAAAAAACAAAGUAGGUAGACAGCCAAAUGUAUCCCUAUUUACAACACGAAGUAUGCAACAGCAGCUUGGGUUUUAAAAGUAAAAGGUGUCUGGUUCGUGUGUGAAUUAAUGGGUUUAUUGCUUAGUGGACUGAUGUGCUUGUAUUUUUGUUUCACCUUGUUGUCAGCAGACGACAGCCCUGACAUGCAGGCGGGUCAGUUUGACAUCGGGAUUCUUUUACUAGAGAUUUGCUGCUGUCUGGAGCAGGGUGGCACCAGAACGUGCAUACAUAUGUCGGUAUUAACGGUGCCUUCUCUGAUUUGUCAUGUGUGUCACGCUCCUCACCUCAUUAUACCCAUGUAGUGGGUCCGUUCUGUGUUCAUGGAUGGGCAGGCCUCUCUACAGCCUGGAAGACACAGAUUUCAAGUUUUGGCUUUAAUAUUGGAGUAAAUUUUACAGUUUUUAAUAAUCAAAUCCAUGGACAGUUUACCUCUACUCCGUCUUUAGUCAGUCAUCAAAGUUAUCAGCUGGAUGGGGGAGAGUUUUACUAUUGUUUUAUAUUCCCCCCUCUGUUGUACAGAAAGCCCAAGAGUUUUUUUUUUUAAAUCUUUUGUGGAUAUUGAAAAAGAAAAAUGACAAACUCCCCAUUUAGUGGAGAAAAAAAAAGGUAAUCAAAUCUUUGAAGCGUUUCCACAAACCUCCUGUAUAAAAUAGUGAAUUGUUCAACCUGUUGAAGAGUCUGCCUCUUCAGUAUCCGUUUUUAUACACAUACAUCGUGUCCCUGAGCUGUAGAUAAAAAUCUUUGUUAGGUUAAAAACAUUUUUUAAAUCUGCUGAUAUUACAUUCAAAACUAGAAAAUCCUAAAUAAAAUAGUAAUUUCCCCUUUUUACAUGUCCUCUUAUUGUGAUUAAAAAUGUGUUUAAGAUAGUUUUAAUGUAAGUUUUAAAUAAUCUUCGCACGCAUGUUUGCCCAUCACCCAAUAAAGCGCAGAAGACAGAAAUUAAUUCAUACUGUAAGUGCUUUGAAAAACUGGGAUUUUGCACUGAUGGCUGCUGUCAAAAGGCUAAAGUGCUAAAAUACAAAACAAACAUAUUAAUAUUGCAGGUACAACAUUUACCAUGCUCAUCUUCUUGGUUUAACAGGCUAAUAUUCCUGAAAAACAAACAAAAUCAGAAAAUCUGCUCAUGCUUGGAAGUUAACUUAAUGCCUUGUAAAAUAUUCAGAUGUGUGGAUUUUUUUUUAAUGUCCAUGUCACAGCCACAAACUUUGAUGGAUUUUACUAGGAUUUUAUGUGACAAAACAACACAAAGUAGUGCAUAGUUUUGAAGUGCAAGAUAAAAGGGCACAGGGUUUUUUAGAGUUUUUUCAAACGAAAAUGUCAAGUGUGGCACGUGUUCAUAAGCCUAAGCGGUUUCACAAAGUCUGUACUCUGUCGAAUCACAUUUUGCUAAUUUACACAUCUAGUGUUUUUUAUUUCCUAUUCUUCUUUGCAAAAAAAGCUCAAAAUCUGACUGGAUGGAGAACAUCCGUAAACAGCAAUUUUUCUUCUCACAAAUUCCCAGGUUGAUGUCGGCCUCCGCUUUAAAGGGGCCAUUCAAACACAUGAAUGAGCUUUGAUCCAACCUUCCUUUGCAGCUCUGACUGUAUAUUUAGGGUCAUUGUCCUGCUGGACGGUGAAUCUCCUCCCCAGUCUCCAGCCUUUUGCAGCCCCUAACAGGUUUUUUUCUGGUAUUUUUCUAUAUUUAGCUCUAUACAUCCUCCCAUGAACUCUUAUCAGCUUCCCUGUCCAAGGUGAAGGAAGGUAUUCCCACAACAUCAUGAUGCACCACGUUUUUUUGUUUUUUUUUAUAGGGAUGGUAUGUUCAAGGUGUUGUGCACGAAAACCUGCAAGAACUUCUUGCAUUUAAAUUUUAAUUUUGGUCUCAAAUAACCAGAGCUCCUUUUUUCCUAUCUUGUGCACUCCUGACCUGUGUGCUGUAUUCCUUGGUCUUCAUGAUCCUGUUCUGUAAACAAGCCUUGGAGGCCUUUUCAUAACAGCUGUAUUCAUACAAAAGUUGACCAAAAGUAUUAAUUUAGAGGUGCCAGAGUAAAUGGGGGCUGAAUUCAACUGUACACCAUACUUUUUUAGUACUAAAAUGAGCUCUACUUUGUGCUGCUCUAUCAUGAAAAAAAAAAAAGAAAUACACUGAUGCUGUGGCUGGAAUUUGACAAAAUGAGGAAAAGGUUGUAGCUUUAGGAAUAUGUUUUAAAAGGCACUGUAUCUAAAGGCUGACAGUAUGUCUCUAACAACUUUCAUGACAAUCCAUUUAAAAGUGGUCUGAAUUUUCUGCUAAAAAGCAAAAUGGAUAAAUGCAAAAAUAUGUCCCAGUGAUUUAAAUACAGCUGUAGUACUCGGUGUCUGUUCUGGUAUUUUUCUGCGGCCUCAGCAACACAAAAACACGACGGGUCAGAGUGAACAGCUGAGCCAGUCCACAGGAGAAACUAAUGCUGUUCCCACGCUGCUUUUAUAAUCGGGGUGACAGCCGAGCGAGCCUCAUUUUGAGAGAGGAGGGCAGCCAGGUGUGUUGUGAUACAGGUACCUGGAAAACGGAUGUGCCUAUCUUUAUCCACGCCACAGGAGCCGUCUGGACUCACGCCGACAAUCAGGACAAACCAAGAGAGCAGCACUUGUGACAGGAAAAUUCAUUAUUCACAGAUUGUGGCUUUUCUAGUGUAAACAUUGUGAGAACUGGAAUGUUUCGAUGAACCGACAAAAAAAUAAAAAUAUAUUUAUAUCUGAUCA